GUAUAUGAAAACAAGUUUGUAUGCAAAUAUAUGUUUAUGAAAUUUAGGCAAUAAAGUAGUCUAUAUUAUAUUAGUUGUAGUACUAUUACUACCAAUAAUAUCAAUAAUAAUAGUUGAAGUAUCAGAAGUAGGCCUAAUAUACAAUGAGUAUUGGAAUAUAGCAUGUUUAAGUUAUGUAUUUAAUUAUUGUUCUGUUUUUUACAUUAAGGUAUGUUUAAAUGUUUGACCUGUGUUUGAACUGGUCAAGUCAGGUGUUGAUGUCUGUCUGUGUGUCUGUCAUGCUAAUUAAUCUGUCUGGUCUUGUCUGAGUUGUACUGCUGAUGGGGUAUAUAAGGGAUGAGAAAGCAGAGUUUGUCACACCUGCAAAUCAGAAGAGUCAUCAUGGCAUCUGAGGCGAAGAAAGUGAAAUUAGAGGACACAAAUAGUGUCAUUGGGUACAUCCACAACGUCUCCGUUGUGAAAAUAGCAACAUUAAAGAAAAGCAAGUAUUUCAAUGCCGUGAUUCAAAUUAGUCGGGACGAUUUCUGUGACGUUGCUGUGUUUAGUGUGGAUAAGCGCGACCUGUUCUUGCGAGCGCAAAACUGCAGGACCGCAGUUAAAUUGAGCGGCAUUUCCAAAGAACCUAGUAAGUAUUUUAUUCAAUGCUGUCGGAUUUUGUAUAUGUUUAUGCCUUCGUUGGGUUACAAGCUUUGAAAUGAUGUUUGCUGUUUUAUCUCAUUUUCUUAGGUCGUUCUGGUCAAGGAGUUGAUGUCUUGUGCGGGAGACAGACAGAUGUGGCUGUCGUCACUGAUGUGACGUUUUCGUUUCGGGAGCCUCCUUCUAAGUCCAGGAGGACAGUAGCGGACAUAAGGAAAAUGUCAGCAAGGCAGCAUAUUGGUGAAGUCACUGGGCGUAUAGUGCAUUUGAGAGCUGGGACCGACAAUGUGGAGUUCCAGGGUAGACAGCUGGAGACACAGAGCGUCAUUUUUGAAGAUGCUAGCGGAAAAAUUCGCCUGCAAUUGUGGGAAUCUCAAGUUGGCGUGGUUUUAUUUGGAAAGACUUAUAAAUUCUCCAAUUUGAGCACCCGGGAGUUUCAAGGUGAGCUUUUCGUAACCACCACACGUCAAUCGACUAUUGAGGAGGUUGGACCUUUGUCAGGUAUGGGUGCAAUUGUUCCCUGUGACGUCAGAGAGGAUCCAGUUAUUUCUCUGUGUGCGGAAAUAAUCAGAGCGGAGGUGAUUGUGUCCCGUACGUGCGGGAACUGCAAGUGUUCUCAAACGGACUUUGACUCGAGAAAGAAGUUCCAUAGAUGCAUGAAGUGCAACAUGCUGCAGAAGUCUGGAAUGUAUACGGCCAGUGCCAUCGCUAAUGUAACUGUACUUGGCGAUUCCGGAGAGCUUAAUGUUUGUAUCAACAAUUCUGUGCUGCACAGGUUUUUACGGAACGGUGACAUUACUCAUCUGCUGCAGGAUGCUCAAGAUAUGGAGGAGCAUUUGUUAGAAUGUGGUUUUCUUAAACUGCACAUUCAGAACAACAAUGUUGUCGCUAUGGUGAAGGCACCGGAGCAAACUGCGUCUGAGGCAUGCUCCUCUAAAUCUUCCGUGUCCGCAACAGGUGAUUUGGAGUUGCUGUGUGCAGCAGAUGAGGUGGAGUCUGUGUGUGCAGGAGGCGCAGCAGAUGAGGUGAAUUCGAGAUGUAAGUAGCCUAGGUUAAGUUAUGUUAAAGUUAAGCAAAGUUUACAUAAGUUAAGUUUUUUGAUGUUGAAUUAAUUGUUGUUCAUCUAGGUUAAGGUUGAUUGUUUAAGUU